AUUAGAAUUCAAAAUGUCAGCGUUGGUUGUCGCGCUAAGGAAUAAAGUCUUCAAUUUUAGUAGAGUUUUGACCGAAAUUAGAAAUAUUUCUUUUGAGUCCUCGUCAGAUAAUGCCGACGUUCCUCCUCGUCCAAAGAGACCUUUAUCGUCUUUUAUGCUGUUUAUUAAAGAGAAGAGAAAUGAAAUGUUUGGCGAUUAUUCAAAAGUCAGACCUGUGGAUCAAGUAAAAAUUUUAAGUGAGAAGUGGAGAUCUUUAACUCAUGUUGAAAAACAGAUUUAUACCGAUAAGUACCGAGAAAGUGUAAAAGAGUAUACGAAACAGAAUGAAGCAUAUAUGAAUUCAUUAACUAAAGAACAACGUCAAGCUAUUCUGGACGAGUUACGAAUCAGGAAAGAACAACUUCGCCAAAGACGCUUUAAAUCUACUCUUCGAAAAUUAAACAAACCAGUUGGUUCCAGAUCGCCUUACAAUUUUUUCGUAAUUGAAAAGACUGCCAUGACUUUCGGUACUAAAUCGACUGAAACAAUGAAGAAAAUAGGUCAUGAAUGGAAAGAGUUACCAGAAGACAAGAAAGAGAUUUAUAAAAGAAAAGCAGAAGAGGACAAAAAAAGAUACGACAACGAAAUGGAAAAAUGGACAUCUAAAAUGUUAAGCGAAGGCCAUGAAGAUAUUUUAAGUCAAUUAAGCAAGAAGAAAAAAAGACGCAGUAAAGAAACUAGCGAAAUUAAAAUAAACGAAAAGAAAAACAUCAAAUAGAAGUAAUUACCGUAUAUACAUAACUUUUAUAAAUAAUAAACACAUAAUUGUGAAGGGUGUUUUCAUUUUAGCAUUCAGCAAGCUCCUAGUUCCCAAAAUAAAGUUUUAUUUAUAUUUUUUUGAUUUUAGAAAAUGUUUUAAAGGGACAAGUAGACCAAAAAAGAAUUUACACUUCUUGAAUAUUGUUAUUUGUUACACAUUUUUUUGUCAUUUUAUACUGUCAGCUGAAAAAUCAAGCAUAUUUUCGUAGGAUUAAAGUGUAAAUAUCUAAAAGCUGGAGUUCUUUGGACUAUAUUUUGACUAGAAUUUAAUUGUUGAAACCGACUGUAAGUAAUUCAGAUUUCAUGUAUGUAGACUACUAUCUUGUAUUAAUAACAAAGAGAAUUUGUUUUUUAAGAUAUUUAAAAUUAUUUUAAAAAUUAAGGAAUUUUCACUCACCAAAAAGAUUACAUCUGAAUAAUCUUGUGAAGGUGGCAGAUCCUAAAUUUGGGAUGUCGUUUAGUGAUGCAGAAUUCUUGCAAAAUCUAGCUGUAUGAUAAGGUCCACUAUCAGGUCAUCACUUCUGGUGCUAUUUGGUUGAAAACCAGCUGUAUGUGCCUAUUAUAAAUAUACAGCCUCUUCCAAAAAGAAUGCUACCAUUUUAAAUUAUUGCGUUGUAUGUUCAGUACAUUGAAACUUUGGAAAACAAGUUUCAUAUUUGCCCAUUACGGUGUCACAAAGCGCACACCUCGUUGCACAAUGGGCAUCUAACCGAUACUCAAAUUCUACGAUUGCUAGAGAAUACCGAUUGUCAGUCCUACCACGGAAGCCACAAUUCCGCAGCUCCCGUAGAUUGCUCACAUUGAACGACAAGGAGUGAUUCCAACUUUGCAAAUUGCAUUCUGCUAUUUGCAAAUUUGUCGUAGGGUUGCCAUUUUUGUAUACGGCACUUCCUAGAGGCAGUAGACAACGAGACUCAAGACUUUUGUAUGCAGAAGGGAGACGAAACUCGGACGAUUACUCUGUCGAUUGGUGUACACCGCAUAGUUUUCGGAUAAGAAUUAACAUGGUUACAGUAUUUUAAAAUGGCAGCAUUUAUUUCGGAAGAGCCCGUAUCUUUGGAGACGAACGAACAACCGAUUGCCUCUUCCACCGUUUUAAACUGGACCAAACUCCAGAUGCCAUUCAAAGAUACUUGGAGCAAUUCUCUCCAUCCUUCUAGAAAAUUUGUAUUUCUCCUGAAUGCUUCCCUGCAGUCUUGUUGGUUACUCAAAGCCAAUGAGAGUUCAGCUUACAAGAAAAUGUUUAAUGUAAUUUAUACUUAAGCAAUUCAAAUAGAGAUUUACAGUCAAUAAAUUUGAAUUUAUUUAGAAUUUGACACAAAUAUAUCUUUGAAAAAAUCGUUAUUUCGAGGAAUGUGUAGUAAUUCAAAUGAUUAAUUCAUUAUAAACCAAAUGUAAAAAUUCAUGUCUUAUUUGUGACAGGUAAUCAGGUUAUUAAACCUGAUUAUCAAAGCCGAACGAAAUGCCGAAUUAUCGGGCUAUAAACUUGAUGCCGCUAUUAAAGCAGCCGAGGUAGACAAAUCAAGAAUACUAGAAAGCAAAAGUAGUGUUACAACGCAUCUCCAGAAAGAACUAGAAAUCUUCCAGGCUACGGGUGAGAAAACACACAUCUGUCUUCUUUUAAAUGCAUUAAAGGCGAUUCCACCUACAUCAAUUGAGUCGGAAAGGGCAGGACUUUUCAUUACUAAAAUAAGAACCAGAUUGAGUAAUUGGAGUAUUGAAAUGGCUUCGGGAAUAUGUAUCGAGAAGUGAUGAUUCGAACGAAAUUUUGCACAUUAAUAGAAAUAAAAUGGCGUAUCGUAACGAAGGCCGAAUUUGAGAAUCUGACUUAGAAUGGGAGUAUCGCGGGUCCAAGCUCAUUCCCGUUUUAAUUCAAUGGGAAAAUUUGCAUUGUAAAAGCGUAAACAAACGAGCGCUCGCUACCCGACAUUCGAAAUACUGCGAUAUACGAAAGCUCUCGACAAUUUUUUUCGAAUGCCGAUCUUUUUCAUUUUUCUCGAAAAAUUCACAAUACUGUACGUACUUUAACGUAUUAUACCUUGCAAGAUUUAUA